UUAGCUUCGGUCACACUGAACCGAAAAAGAAAACAAAACAAGAUUGGUUUUCGAACUUUAUCCGAUUAUAGAGCUACCUUCCCGCCUCUAAAAUGCUUGAAAACUGCCAGCGACACCAUAUGCUCCUUGGGCUUGGAGCUCUUACGGUGGUCACCAUUCUCGUCCUCUUCGUUGAAUCCCGAUACGCGGCAGAAGGACCUCGUCGUCGGGAACCACAGUUCGUCAUCGAGGACAACUCUACAUGCUGGCGGAAUGAAAAGUACACGAUGGUACAGGAGUGUCAUCCGUGCUCGGAAUUCGACAUAGUCAGUCGCAGUCUAGGGGUUUGUAUCCACACGCACUACAAGGAGGUCCUACGAUGUCAGAGCGGGGAGAUCGUUACCAGGAGCUGCGAUCGGGUGGCACUGAUCGAGCAGAUGAACUUCUUGAAAUUCGAAGUUUUGUGCUUCGUAGUUGGGCUACUGAGCUACCUGGUUAGCUACGCACGGGAUCGAAUUCUGUCCAGGCGAAAUUACAUGAGAAUCGAGCGUCAGUUGAAUCGGGUGCAAUAAGUCAAAGCCAAGGCCAUAAUUCCGCUCCCCUAGUGAUACUCAUUGACCGUAUGGAAGGUACAUUAUUUAAUUUAGUUUAAGUACAUACACUCUGGAAAUACCAUGUUAAAAUUCAUUUACUAAUACUAGAGGGUUACAGAUAUUGCA